CGCAGCUGCCAAAAUGGCUGCAUUUGGACGAUCUUCAUUCGGAGAAUGAGUAAGAAGCAUCGUAUCAUCGCGAGACGACGUUUCUAUUCAAAGUCCUAUCAAGCAUGGAACUAAAGACUCCAGACACAGAGGAAUGAAACCAUGAUUCAUUUACGAUUGGGUAAUAUUUUCUGCUUCACAAACUGGAAAUUAUUAUGUGGAUGAUUGAGAAUUAUCUGAAGUGUAAACAAAGUUGAGAAAUCUGGUCAUGACAUCUUAGAUAGAAAGAUGUCAGACACCGAAAAUGCUGCCUUGAUAACACGCCUGUACAGUGAGAUUGGCACCCCUGAAUCUCAUUCUGUUCAAGUUACGGUACAACUGGACCAGGAAGGUAAUUCAGUCAUUAAUAUUCCUGAAGCUAGCCCUGCUAAGGAUGACUCGGUCACAUAUUGCUACAGAUGUGGUCUGUGUCAGCUGGACUUUGUGGCCUACCAAGAACUAACCAACCAUCUGAAGCACCUUCAUUUAAGGAACCAUCAGUUUUCUUUUAAGGGGAAAGAUAAGGAUUAUUACAACUUCAAACAUGUCAUUGUCAUCACUGGAACAGAGGCGUUCCAGUGUGAGUUGUGUAAUGUUCAGUUUGCAGAGUCUGAACUUGCCAGGGAACAUUUUAACACCCAUCAUGGAUCUCCGCAUGACACAUGUGUUGAUGAUGUGGUUGAGGAAGAGAUUCCAGAUAAGAAGAGCAGUCAGGUCAAGAAGCCCUUCCUGUGCAAUGUCUGUGGGAAAGGAUUCAGUAAACAGUCAAAUGUUGCACGUCACAAGAAAACUCAUUCAUUUGAAAAGUGUAAAUACUGUGAUAAAAUGUUUUUGAUUCAUUCAGAUUUGGAAAAGCAUCUGCUUGGUCACAAGGAAAAUUGGACAGAUUCAGUUGAGUUUCAAGUUGAUGAAUCCAAGGAAAAAGGUGAAGAAUGUUUUAAUGGAAUUGUCAGCAAUGUUGGAAUGUCCACAUCAAAUGAUAAUCUCAAUACAGAGGGGAAAGGCGAGGAGCAGACGUCAAUUUUAGAGCAGACACAAGAAAUAAAGGGCACCCAGGCUUCAGCUGAAUCUUUGACUGAUGAUCAGACUGAUGGAAAUGACAACUUUUCUGGAGAUGAUUUUGAUGAGAUGAUCUCAUUUGGAGAUGCUGCUGCUGAUGUAAUGUUAGAUGACGGAAAGAAAUUUACAUGUCAUGUCUGCGGUAAAACUGUAAAUGGGAAGCAACAGUUCAAUAAUCAUGUGGCAACACAUGAUGGACAGUUUAAAUGUGAUUUGUGUGAGAAUGUUUUCAAAACUGUGGAGGAGCUUGAUGAUCAUGAACUCACUCAUGAAGGAGAGGAUUUAUUUAAGUGCAGAGUAUGUAGCCGAACUUUCAGACAGACGCGGCAUCUCAAACUCCAUCUUAAAAUUCAUGUCGAUAAGUUCAAAUGUGAUGAGUGUGGUGAAACAUUUCCCAUGUAUUCGUCACUGAGAGAACAUGUACGGACCCACAUUGAAUCUGCUCCAUUCAAGUGUGAUAUCUGUGAGAAAAGGUUUACUUUAAAAACUGCCUACGUCGACAUUACUCAAUUCAUUCAGGUGAAAAACCACAUAAGUGCAAACACUGUGAUAAAUGUUUUCGGUUGGCUAGUAGUCUUCGAUACCAUGAGCGGGUUCACACAGGUGAGUUUCCAUUGAAGUGUGAUUUCUGUGAUAAACGUUUCCGCUUGAGCCAGGCUCUAAAAAAGCAUGUUGCCAGUUUCCAUGCUUCAGUGAAACCCUACAAAUGUGAUAUUUGCAAAAAGGGAUUUGUUGAAAAGGG